AUGGAUUCGUAUUCAUCCUACCGCGAGCCUGCUCGGUCGCCCGGCGACAGGAAUUGGGAGAAGACGGAGCGCUCCGACUCCUACCGCGCCCGCGCAGAACGCUCGCGAGACCGCCGUCGUUCGAGAUCACCCGCUGCUGUCGACCGGUACGAACCCCGAGGUCGCCGAGAUGACCACGGCCGCGACAGGGACGACCGCCGCGGUGAUCGCCGCAUCGGGUCGCCGCCCGCCAACAUUGACCGCUACGUGCCCGGCCAAGACAACGGAGGGCCAUCGCUCACUGUCAACCCUCUCAUGGACCCUGUCAAGCUUCCUUACCAGGUCGGAUUCUCCUACUUUGGCGAAUGGUGGCGUAUGAACGAGAAGAUCAAGGAGGACAAGGAGCGCCAGCGUACCGGCAGGCGACGCGAGCCCGAGAGGCCGCGCGGCUCUCGUGAGGCGCAAGAAGAGCGCGACAAGGAGAAGGCCAGGAUUCAGGCCGCCUACGACAGCUACAAGGAGGACCUUCAGGCCAAGAUGGCCCGAGCCUUCGUCUCGGAGCACAAGAAGGAGCAGUGGUUCCGCGAGCGCUACGUCCCAGACGUCCGCGACCCGCUACGCCAGCAGAUCAGCGAAUUCCGCCGCGGCGGCUACACCCAGUGGGAGCAGGAUCUCGAGUCUGGCACUUUUGAUGACUUCUCGCUCGAAGGCCUGCCGAAGAACGAUAGCAACGGCCAAGGCGGCCUAGUGGAAAAGGAAGAGGGCGAGGCCAUGGCAACCAACGAGAUUCUGGGCGUCGGCGACCUUGUGCCUGCCAACGGCGCCGAUAUCCGUGACGAGAACCUGUUCCAGCCGACGCUGCUCUUCAAGACGAUCGCCCCGCAUGUCAGCCGCCAAAACCUCGAGGCUUUCUGCAAGGAGCACUUGGGAGAAGAGGAAGGCGGCUUUAAAUGGCUGUCGCUGUCGGACCCCAACCCCAGCAAGCGAUACCAUCGCAUCGGCUGGGUCAUGCUGCACCCAUCCUCCGAGACGGCCGCAGCAACACUCGACCGAGCGGACCCCGUGGACGACGAGGACGGCGAGGCUCCCAAAUCGCCCGUUGUCGUGUCCACGGCGAGAGGGCCCUCGACGCGAUCAAUGGCAAGACUCCCGCAGUUCCUCCCAAGCCAAAGGGCCGCCGCCGCCGCGCGGAUUGCCGAUGGGGCCGACGCUGAGCACAUGCAUGAUGCCGAGCAGAUGGAAGACGCCGAAGGCGAGGAGGAAGACGAGGGCGCCGUGGACGAAGACGACGAGGUCGACGACGAGGAACUACUCGUCAAGAAGAAGCAGCUGGACCUCAUGAUUGAGUAUCUUCGACGCGUCUUCAACUUUUGUUUCUACUGCGUCUUCGAGAGCGACUCGAUCCACGAGCUCACCCGCAAGUGCCCCGGCGGCCACCUACGCCGGCCUCGUGCCACGCUCAGCACUGCUGCCAAGGCUGUGGCCAAGGCCAGCGCGCUCGGCGAGCCGUUUCCUGGAAAGAAGCGUGGCGAGGCAGACGAAGAUGGCGAGGUGGCCGACGGCGGCGACAGGCGGUUUCGCGGAGCGGGCGGCAAGGCCGAGCAGCAGCUGCUGCGGGCGUACAACUGGGUCAAGACGUUUGAGGACAAGGUCAUGCAGAUUCUUGAGCCCGACUCGGUCGACCUGCGCAAGCUUGGCGGCAAGCCCAUCGAUGAGGCCAUGGACGAGGAGCUUCUCAAGUAUGUGAGGCAAGAGGAUGAGCACAAGUUCCGUUGCAAGGUGCCCGAGUGCCAGAAGCUCUUCAAAGAGGACCACUUCUGGAAGAAGCACGUCGAGAAGCGGCAUCCCGAGUGGCUCGAGGGCCUGAAGCAGGAGGCUGCGGCCGGCACGCCGCGUGGAUUCAACCUCAACACGUUCAACAUGAACAACAUGAUGCCGAUUCCAGGAUUCCCGAUGCCUCCUGGCGGUUUCCCCGGCUUCAUCCCCGGCGGUACAGGCCAAGGUUCGGGCUGGAGCGGCGAUGGUCGCGACGGCCCAGGUCCGAUCCGACGAGGCGGCGGCAUGGGGGGCGGCGGCCGCGGCGGUAACUACCGAAGCGGGCCGUACGACCGCAGGCCGAAUCCGCGGUACGACGGAGCGCGCGGGCGCGGCGGUCCCAGCAAAUGGGGCGACGGCGGCGCGGGGGGUGCGGCAGUCGGCCCUCGCGAGGCCACGCAGGGUCGAAGCCUCAAGAGCUAUGAAGAUCUGGAUCACGUCGCAGGAGGCGGUGGUGGCGAGCUGAAUUACUAG